CUUCAAACUCUCAGCCUUGUGAUGCGGAUAUAUAAAUGUUUGUUAUCCUUUUAUUUGAUAAUAGGCUACUUGACACAAAGAAUACCAACGGCUGGUAAAUUUAUCACUGUCUCCCAGAAGACUUCCGACCCUAUAAUAAUCUAAAAGCUAAGAUAAUAAGUAAGAUAAAGAUAAAUCUUCCCCAAAGUUUCUCUAAAAUCUACACAAGUGGACUGUCGCGGGUUUUUACUACGAGUUCUAUUUUUAGACCUGAAGGUUUUCACGGAGAGUAUGUUAAAAUGAAGGUUACGGGGAAAUCCCCUACACGCGAUAUUUGUGUUACAAGUCUGGUUGUGUGAUCAGGAAGAGUGUGACCCAGUUGGUUUACGAGCGCAAAGCAGAAGCGAGUGAAGGCAAGUGCCCUCAGCUGAGAGGUUGUAAAAAGAAGGAGAGAAGGACUGCUCCACACACACUCCAGCCGACCGCCGCCAAGUGUAGAAGAAAAGUAAGCGGUCCAUGGAAUGCGAAGCGAAAACACUUUUCUUGGAAACCUCCAGUUGAUCAGCACAGGUCUCACCAUCUGCACACCCAAACUUCCAAGGUGUUUUGAGUGAAUCAGUGGAACAUUUCUUGGCGCCAAGCGAAACUUGCAUUUUUUGUUAUUGGAAGGAUUGUGCUGGCUUCCGAAAGGACGGCAGAAACAAAUUAAAAGCAAGAAAAUAAACCUCAAAAUCAGGUGCAACUACCGACAGCAUGUCAGCCCAGCCGAUUGUAAGCGUGAACAGUGACAGCCACUUUUUUACUGACAGUCGCAGCUCCUCCUAUGCUGAUGUUCUAUCCCCCAUGUCCCGCUACCCUCACCUGGGCAGCGGAGGAGAAAGCAGCAGCUGUGGCUGUCAUCGUUGUCGCCGAAUGGCCAAGGAAUACAGCAACCUCAGAAGGGUCAACUACAUCAUAGCCGGCAUCUGCAUCAUCGUCUUCACGGUUUACGUCGUCACCAUCAUCCACUUCUGGAGGCGGUUUCCUAUUGACGACGACGAUGGCUUUGGUGGCGCGAGGAAAGAGCAUCCAUACUGUGUGCCGAAGAACUUGUUGUACAAGAAGGAGGCGUGGGAAGACAUGGACCACAGUGUGACCAGCGACAAGUACUGCUUCAAGAACCUCGACUGGAUCCCUGCUCUCCUUAAUCGGGCUUAUGACGACUUGGAAAAAAGAAUAAAGGCAGCAGAGGAAGGAAUGAGCGCACGAAGCAUGGCCAUGGCUACGCCAAACGACGACAAAGGUGAAGGGCCACUGCCCGUGUACCAGCCUCGACCCUUUGCUCACGUGGUGCUGGAUAUUAGGCACGUCUACAAAGGUGAGGAAAUGUCAGUGAAGUGGGCGAGCAGCGGCAUGGCGGGGUCUCAGUGCAGGGACAUGAUGCUGAAUGGCAACAAGACAGACCUGGUUGUCAAAAUACCCGGCUACUACUACAUCUACAGUCACCUGGAGUUCAAGCCCUCUGCUCCUGAUCCGCAGGAUCCACCAAGACUUCAGGUGUACUUGAACUGGAGAGAUAACAGCCAAGAUGGCCGGCGGAAGCUGUUGGAAUCCGCAGGGCCAAAUCCUUUCGUCCAGGGAGUGUUCCUCCUCCGCCAGAACGAUAGUAUCAGUAUUCGCACCGACACCAGCAAACUCUACCUCGACGCCAGCAGGUCCAACUACCUCGGCAUUUUCCUCAUCUGAUGACACCAGCAGUCUCGAAGACCGCCAAGGUUGUGAAUGGACUAGAAACGGAAAACUGGUAUAACGAGACUGGUCUGAAGCGCUCUGAAUCGGUGAUGGCAUCUGGAGGACAAGUAUUAAAGAGUUAUCAUAUUAAAGAGGAACUACUCAAAGUCGUAAACUACGAUGCCAGUGAAAGUCUGAAGGUUCUCGGUUCGCAUCUCGUCGUUUCAACGGUUGGCAUGGCUUGCAGGCAAAAGGCUUUCUCCCGCUACUCCAGUUUCCUACCCCUUCCCUUUUCCCCUGAGUGUGAAAUCACCUGUGAAAGAGAGUCAGGUGGAGCAGCGGUUAAACUCUUAAUGUCACCAAGACUGCGGAAUGUGGGUUGGGAUAUCGGAAAAUAAUGGGCAGACAAGACCACCUGAAGGCAGCUAGUCCGGAAAAAUGCGAAGGUCAAAGUGCAUCGACAGUACAGCUUCUCCCUGACAGUAGGGUCAGCUGCGCGUGGCAACAGAGACUCCAUCGCAUCUCAAGAUUUUACCGAAGACAUUUUCAAUUCUCGAACUUUUUCAUCAAAGCGCUUCUUCAUCGCUCAACUGAGAAACAGGCAGCAAACGUUCUUUGUGCUCAUUAUUACUAGGUGUGGUUUGUGCAAUUGAGUUCUGGAUAGCGCGCGAUGGUGUGCUUGUCUGAGUAUUUUUGUAUGCAUGCAUAUCUGUGUGUGUGAGAGAGAAAGAGAGGCAGAAAGAGACAAUAAGAAAGAAAGUGAUUUAACGGCGUGCUUGAGGGAGAAAGAAAGGUGCCCCAGCGACCAUGUGCCAGUUACAUUAUGCGGUGAGAUUUUAAAAUUUAUUUAAAAUAUAUGUUUUGAGAUUAUAUAUGCACUUACAAAUGUUCUUAUUAUUCACUUAUUAAUGGCGAUAUAUAUGUGUGUAUCAUACAUAUAUUUGCAAUAUC